ACCGCUGGAUAACAACAACAGGCACGCCGGAGCGCCUACUCUACUACAUCUCACCUAAAAGGCCUUUUCACACGCACGUUUGUGUCUCUCUUUCUGCUCGCGGAGGCUGCGACCGGCUUGGGAUGUGACUUCCAGUGCAGACUUUGCGCUCUGGCGGACCUCACUUAACUCUGAUUAUUCUCACGUUACUCUGAAGGCGAAGUUGCGUGUUUUUGUGGUCCGUCAUAUUUACAUGACAUUGUGACACUUCUCUCAAGUUACCUCUCGACCAUGGCGGAAGCGGCCCAGCAGCCACACCUGGUGGAAAUCGACCCGGAUUUCGAGCCCCUGUCUCGGCCCCGGUCGUGCACUUGGCCGCUGCCCCGGCCGGAGUUCAUCAACCCGGGCGACUCCAACACGUCCUCGCCGGUGCCGUCGGUGAAGCAGGAGCCCGCCGCCGGCGCCUCCGAGUUCAUCAACAACCUGAGCCUGCUGGAGGAGACCGAGGACUUCGCGGAGCAGAAACCCGUCCUCCUCUGCUCUGAUUUCCAGUGUCAGGAAAACCAUCAGGCUCCGCAGCCGCCGCAGCAUCAGCAGCACCCGAACCCGCAGCUCCCGCAUCAGCAGCCGCAGCAGCCGCAGCCGCAGCAGCAGCAGCAGCAGCAGGUGCCUCUGCUCUCCACCCCGGUGGGCUCCUCGUCCCCGGCCGCCGCUGCUGCCGCUGCAGCCGCUGCCCAGAGGAAGAGCAGCUCCUCCCGGCGGAACGCGUGGGGGAAUAUGUCUUAUGCAGACCUCAUAACCAAAGCUAUCGAGAGUUCUCCGGAGAACCGACUCACUCUGUCUCAGAUCUAUGACUGGAUGGUGAAGAGCGUGCCUUACUUCAAGGACAAGGGGGACAGCAACAGCUCUGCAGGCUGGAAGAACUCCAUCAGACACAACCUCUCCUUGCACAGCCGCUUCGUUCGCGUCCAGAAUGAGGGCACCGGGAAGAGCUCGUGGUGGAUGCUCAACCCCGAGGGAGGCAAGAGCGGCAAGUCCCCGCGGCGCCGGGCCGCCUCCAUGGACAACAACAGCAAGUUCACCAAGAGCAGAGGGAGAGCAGCCAAGAAAAAGCUGUCCCUGCAGGGCGGCCCUGACGGCGGCGCAGACAGCCCGGGCUCCUACUCCAAGUGGCCUGGCAGCCCCAACUCCCACAGCAACGACGACUACGACGCCUGGAACAGCUUCAGGCCGCGGACCAGCUCCAACGCCAGCACCCUGAGCGGCCGCCUGUCGCCCUUCAUGCCCGAGGACGACCUCGGAGAGGGGGACGUGCACAUGGGCUACCCGGGACCGCCCGGGGCCAAGAUGGCCGGCACGCUGCCCAGUCUCACGGAGAUGACGGGCUCCCUCGGACACAGCACGGAGAACGUGAUGGAGAACCUCCUGGACAACCUCAACCUGCUCUCGCCCAACAACUCCCAGGUCGGCGGCGGGGCAACGACGCCCGGCUCCUCGCAGUCCUCCCCCUCCCCCAUGAUGCAGCCGAGCCCCGGGUACCCGUCGUACAGCUCCCCCAGCAUGGCCUCCCAGUCCCAGCAGGACUACCACAAGUGCGUGUACGGCCAGGCGGGGAUGAACGCCCUGUCGUCAAUGCCGCUGCAGACGCUGUCGGAGAGCAAGCCGGGCUUCGGGCCGGCCAUGGGGCAGUACGGCUGCACCGCCGGGCUCCUGAAGGAGCUGCUGACCUCGGACACAGACCAGCACGGCGAGCUCAUGCCGCCGGUGGACGCCGUGGCGCCGCAGCCCGGCGGGGGCUGCAUGCUGCCGCCGUACAGCAGCACGCAGCACGCGGUCAAACUGAUGGGCGGGGGGAACAGCCACCCGCACGCCCUCUCUCACCCCCACCCGCACAAUGUGCACAGCCAAGCCCGGGCCCCGUCCCCGGCCAUGAACGGCCGUCUGCUCAUGUCCCUGAGCUACAACGGCGGCGGCGGUGGCGGCGGCACGCGCCUGCCCCCCACCAAGAGCCCCAUGCAGAUGCCGUACGGCCUGUCGGGCCACCUCAAUGCCGGGGGCAUCCCCGGCGGCUUCUGCCCCCUCAACACCAACGGGUACGGCCGGCCGGGCCUGUCUCCGCCCACGCACCCGGAGAAACUGCCCAGCGACCUGGACGACAUGUCCAUCGAGAAGUUCGAGUUCGACAUGGAGACGGUGCUGCACGACACCCUGAUGGAUGGAGACUCGCUGGACUUCAACUUUGAGCCGGUGGUGGCCCAGCAGGGUUUCCCGCACGGGGUGAAGACCACCACACACAGCUGGGUGUCAGGAUAGAGGGGGAGGAAGAAGUCUCUAUUUCACUCACUUGAUACCGCUGUUUGGUGAAAAUAAAAAAAAAAAAUUAAAAAAAACACACACAAUCAGAGCUCAUCUGAGACUAAAAUCUGCCGUCAACAUUCCUGUUUCAUACAAAACGUGGACAGAUCACCAUUGGAGCCCUGGAAGGAAGAAUCAGGAUUAUUUUUAAAAUCUAGAAUUAAAGGUCUGUACAAACUUAAGUGCCAAACAUUUUGCCUUAACAAAAGAGCCAAACGGAAACAGCCCUCUCUGGUUUACUCACACACAGGUUACACACUCUUAAAUGUAGUCGUUUCUUUCUUCUUUUUCUUCUUCUUUUUUCGCAAGAGUGACACUGCCAACUACAUCUCAUCAGCAGCUGCAGCACAAUCUGUUCACAAACUCAUGCUGUCCACCGUGUUUUUAUACGUUGGAGUUAUCACACCUGACCACGGCCUGCGGACGCGUGGCGUGGCAUGGAGGGGAGGAAGAAAAAAAAAAAAGUGGGAGAUUUCUCAGAAAAGAAUCCUCGAGUGAUGUUACAUAAUGACGUACUUACCUGAAUGUACAUAAUGUAAUCAUAGAGUUUGUAAAAUCAGGUCUCGUUGUGCAUUUUUAACGAUUGUAAAUAGUGUUUACAGAAUGGAAGCAAAAAUCAAGCCAGCGGAAAUGAGCUCCCAGAGGAAAACUGGACCCGAUUCUUAAGAUCAAUCAGGCUGUAAAAUGAUAAUGACACUUUCUGAUUUCUUGUACAUACAUUACGAAUGUAUAUUAAAAUGUCACAGUAGAUGUUUACUAGAUUUAGUAUAUAUUUGAGACGUAAGUUAUUUGUGGUUAACAUAGAUUUAUGCUGGUGCGUAACCUGCACUCGGACGUCAUUCGUCACUCUGAACCUUAAUACCACAGGGGCCUAUUUAUUGUGCCUAACAAAGUAGAUUUUGACUGCAGGUUUUGAAGGGUUUUGUAGUGUUAGAUGUCUCUGGUCCGGAAUAUUCUCAAAUCCAAGCAGUCUUAAAGGAACAGAACAGUGGACUCUUCAAUUCCCUGCGUUCACUUUCCUCCAGAAGAAGAAAAAAAAGUGAGUGUGAAUUGUUGCUGUUGAGGUUUUCUGGAUGCUUCUCGGCGCUGUGAAUGUUACGAGGUGGAUAAGAGACGUUCUAUCCGGCUGAGGAAGACCCGUCGACGGGUUGAGUACGGAGCAGCAGCCCCCGUUUGGUUUCAGAAUCUCUUUCUAUUUGCUUGCUGUUUCUUCAGAUUUAGUAUAAAAUGAGUCUUUUUUUUGUGUUUAUUUGUUCAGAAGAGCCCUCUGAUGCUGUGGAGUCACAGCUUUACCGCUUUCACUCUGCCCCUCCUACCUCUGCUUACCGUCACGUCUGUUCAAACGUAACGGUAACGUGUGACUCGACAGCGCCGAUCGUCAUUUUUAAACGCUUUUUUUUUUAAAGUUCUAAUUGUCAUUAUUUAGCUUUCCCCAGAACGCGCCACUAAGUGUUAAGUAUCUGAUCUUGUCUUAGCUUGUAUAUUUGCAUUUUCUAACACGUUUUUCCCCACUUCAGUUGCUUUACAAACCGCAAACUCUUUGAAGCCUGUCUGUGAUUUAUUAUGCAGAGUCGAAGCUAUUACACAAGUUUAUGGCUGCAAACAUAGCGGCUCCAAGACCAAGUAGUUUGAAGAUUUAACAAAAUAUAUAUAUGAAAAAAAACUGCCUCUUGAUGGUUGUUAAUUGUAUAGUUAACCCAGAAGCAACAUGUGUUUCGUGGCCGGGCGUCCUCGGAGUAUGCAGAUUUUUAUUUACACCAACACAGCUAAUGCAUUCACCUCAAACCACAGGGGGAAGCUCUUUAAUUAACAUUUUCUCGGUUCCAAUAAAAACCUGCAGACUCCAGACUGCCAAACGAACUGACUCCACUGACAAAGAUUUUUUUUUUUUAUUAUUAUGAUUAAUAAAGCUACUACAGAGUGAGCAGGUUUUAAGAGAUUUAAAGUAAAUUUGUAACAUUUCAAAAAAGGCAGAGGAGCCGUGCAAGACGCUGCUGCUGUUUGGCUCUGCUGCCAGGUGUUGCCUUUUCUCACCCGAACAUGCCACAGUGUACUAUAGCCAAAAUCUGCCUUUCUCUGAAGUCAAAGUGAUAUAUAUUUAGCGUUUCUAUCAUGUGAUAUGUUCAUAUAUAUAAAAUAAAUUGUGCCGGUCACUCAAGUCACAAUAAACUGUAAUGAAUCCGUGUAGGUUCACUCUAAAACUUAAAGAGCUGUACUAAGUAAAUUAUAUCUCUACAUUUUUAAAUGAUUGAAUCUAUGCAUUGUAUUCCUUAAUUUUAUGUUGCUAUUGUUAUAUUUUCUGUUUUUUUUUUUUUUUCUUGAACUUUUAACAGAGAUAUUUUAUUGUAACAUAGCGCUGUGAGAUGUUCUGGUGUCGUUGCUGUCGAAACUCUAUGUUCCAGAUAGUUCUAUGGGGGAUAAAAAUGAAGUUUAUUUAGAAAAUAGAUAAUGCAGUGAUUGAUACGCUAAAGCUUUUGUAAACUGACAAUGUCGUUUUUAUUGUAUUCAGCUAAGGUUUUUAGAAAAUAGUAUCA